UGUAAGAAACUAAGAACACUAGUGAAUUAGUGAAUGAAGUUUAACUGGGGUUGAACGCAUAGUUCAAUUCUAAUACGUAGCAAGAUGUUUGGUAGAAUGCAAGGUCUUACAUGGGAAAGUUUAAAAAAAAAUUAUAUGCUAAUACCAUUAUUCUUUUGCAUCGGAUUUGGGGCAUGUGCAGCUUCAGGUUAUAUAUUACGAUGCGCUAUUAAAAGUCCUGAUGUUGCAUGGUCUAAUAAGAGAAACCCUGAGCCAUGGAAUGAAUACAAAGAUAAGGAUUACAAGUUUAUAUCAAUUCAGGAUAAGAGUAAAUACAAAACUUUGCCUCCAGAAUAUUGAAGAUUUUCUUUAUAAACUGGUAUAAGUUAGGUAAAACUUGAUAGAAAUCAAGACAAUUCAUAAUUUAUAUUAGUAUUA